UAAAAGGACGCUCUGACUGCAGCUCACUCUGCUGACCCGGAGACCGUCCACCAUGAAGCAUCUCUUUUCGGCGCUACUGCUGCUCAGCUACUUGGUUGCUGCUGUGUUGUCGGCCCCCACCAAGCAUGUCAGGUGGUGCGUCAAGUCGGACAAGGAGCAACAAAAGUGCUCUGACUUGGCCGCCAAGGCGCCCGUGUUCUUCUGCGUGCAGAAAGCAGACUCCAAAGGAUGCAUCGAAGCCAUUCAUGCAGGAACAGCCGACGCCAUCACGUUGGAUGGAGGAGACGUCUACACUGCAGGACUGGAAAACUUCAAACUCCAUCCCAUAAUUGCAGAAGACUAUGGUGCUGCAUCUGAUAGCUGUUAUUACGCCGUCGCCGUGGUUAAGAAGGGCACAGACUUUGGUAUCCGCGACCUGGCGGGGAAGAGAUCUUGCCACACUGGUUUGGGAAAAUCUGCUGGCUGGAACAUCCCGAUUGGAACGCUGAUCAAGUUGGAUGUGUUGAAGUGGGGAGGCAUUGAGGACCAAACGAUUGAAGCUGCGGUGGGUAACUUCUUCUCUCGGAGCUGUGCCCCUGGAGCAGAAAAGGGUUCCAAACUGUGCAAAGGCUGCAAGGUAGACUGCUCACGGUCUCACAAUGAAUCCUACUACGACUAUGGCGGUGCAUUCCAGUGCCUCGUCGAAGAUGCUGGAGAUGUGGCGUUUGUCAAGCAUCUGACUGUACCAGACAGCAAGAAGGCCAACUAUGAGCUGUUGUGUGUGGACAACACCAGAGCACCCAUUGACAAAUACAAAGAAUGCCACCUGGCCAGGGUACCCGCCCAUGCUGUGGUCACCCGCCAAGACCCGGCGCUGGCAGACUUGAUCUGGCGAAGCGUCACCACAGUGGAGGGCUUCAACCUGUUCUCCUCCGCUGCAUACGGACUCACAACGAACCUGAUGUUCAAAGACUCCACACAGAAACUGGUCCGGCUGCCUCCCAACACAAACUCCUUUUUGUAUUUGGGUGCCGGCUACAUGAGCACCAUUCGCUCUCUGAACAAAGAGAUCACUGCAGCUGGAUCAAGCGCCAUCACGUGGUGUUCCGUGGGCCACUUCGAGACACAGAAAUGUGACACGUGGAGUGUCAAUGGCAUGGUGGAUGGCGAAAACAAAAUUCUGUGUCAGACUGCCCCCAGUGUGGAAGAGUGCCUUAAGAUGAUCAUGAGUAAAGAGGCAGAUGCAGUGGCAGUGGAUGGGGGGGAGGUGUACACUGCCGGACAGUGCGGUCUGGUUCCAGCCAUGGUGGAGCAGUACGAUGAAGCCAAGUGCAGCAUAUCUGGAGCCUCGUCAUCGUCCUACUUCGCAGUCGCCGUGGUCAAGAAGGGUUCCGGGGUGACCUGGGCCAACCUGAGGGGGAAGCGGUCCUGCCACACAGGCUUUGGCAGAAACGCCGGCUGGAACAUUCCCAUGGGUAAAAUCCACAAGGAGACCGGCAGCUGCGAGUUCAGCAAGUUCUUCAGUAGCGGCUGCGCCCCUGGAGCUCCGGCCGGCUCGCCGUUCUGCUCUCAGUGCGCAGGCAGUGGGAAACCUGUGGAUGACAAAUUCAAGUGCCAACCCAGUUCAGAGGAGAAGUACUACGGCUAUGCUGGGGCCUUUAGAUGUCUUGUUGAGGGUGCUGGUGACGUGGCCUUCAUUAAACACACAAUUGUUGAGGAAAACAGUGACGGUAAGGGUCCAGCGUGGGCUGCAGAUGUCUUGAGCAGUGACUAUGAGCUCAUUUGCCCCUCCAAGGGUCCGGUGCCCAUCACAGACUUUGAGUCUUGCCACCUGGCGGCCACCCCGGCACAUGCUGUGGUGACCCGCCCCGAGACCCGCAACAAAGUUGUCAGUAUUCUCCAGGAACAGCAGGCCAGGCUCGGCACAAGCGGCAGCGACCCCGGUUUCAAAAUGUUUAAGUCUGAGUCUGGGAAGAACCUCCUCUUCAAAGACUCCACCAAAUGUCUCCAGGAGGUGCCAAGCGGAUCCGACUAUAAGAGCUUCUUGGGACCAGAUUACAUGGAUGCCAUGACCUCACUGAGGCAGUGCAGCGAUGCCACUCCAGAUCUGGAGAAAGUAUGCACGUCCCACACCUGUCAGCAGACAAACUAGAUGGCUCAACAUCUUUUCCAUGAAGCAUACUGAUGCUACAUUGUAUUGUCUCUCUGAUCUCAAAAUCCUCAAUAGCCACUUACAAAUCAAUACUUAUCCCUACGCAAAUAUUAAAGACUUAUUUCGCAAACUGUUUUUCUAACAUGUACCUCAUUUAUCAAAUAAAGCCUUUUCAAUGCCUUACAAAA